GCUGAGCACUGAGGUUCUUCCACCGUCCGGCCGAGCCGCAGCAGACGUCCAGUUUAGACAUCUGUCAAACCUUCUCAGGCUUCCACUUGUUGGUGAGAGUUGUGGUGGGCAGCAGAUGGACCGGGACCCGUACGGAGGGAAACCCACGGCUGCUACAGGUUGAUCUCCACUGGUGGAUGCGGUCAUGUCAAAUCAAGACCACACCGGAAUACGAGGAUGACAGAAAAGAAAUCUACUGGAAUUCCACACAUACAGGCUGCAGCUUUCCACAGAUUCUCGUUCACAUGGAAAUAACUUCAUCCCUCACAAUGUCAUCCAGAGGUGGAGAUUCUGUAAACAUCAGCGUGGCCAUUCUCUACGGUGUCCUGAGCUCCCCUUCUCCCUCCACCACCCCUCCAACUUCAUCCUGCAGCAUAGAUGAGUCCUACAAGUACAUCUUCCUCCCUAUUUGCUACUCUUUCACGUUCAUCUUCAGCAUCAGCCUCAACUCCGUGGUCCUGUACCGUUCCUUCCGCCAUACCAAGCGCUGGAAUGCCUCCCUCAUAUACAUGGUCAACCUGGCUUCUACAGACUUCAUGUACGGCUUGUCUCUGCCGUUCCUCGUCGCUAGCUACAUCAUGCAAGACCGCUGGAUCUUUGGGGACUUCAUGUGUCGCCUGGUCCGCUUUCUCUUCUACUUCAAUCUCUACUGCUCCAUCUUCUUCCUCACCUGCAUCUCCGUCCACCGAUACCUCGGGAUCUGCCACCCCAUGAAGGUGAUCACGCUGGAGACCAAGAAGGCCGUCAAGUGCACUUGCGUCUUGGUUUGGAUCAUAGUGUUCGCAUUGACGUGCCCGAUCUUCCGGUUUGCUCAGACCGGUAGUUUGACGAGAUUGGCAGGCAUCGGAAGCAACGUCAGCACCAGUACUGAGAACCCAGACCAUGACACGUCAUCAGAAAAUGGCAAUGCCAGCUUUGGUUACUCGGGAGAAGCCACAGAGGAGUACCAGAACUGUUGGGAUGAUGCCAUAGAUAAGGAGUUUCUUGAUUACGUACCCUAUGGAAUCACACUCCAUAUGAUUGGCUUUUUUUUACCCUUUUCCAUAAUUGCUUGGUGUUAUUCUCACGUAGUCCUGACCAUAUUUAGAACUCUGCCUUCUCAGCUUCCAUUACACUCAGGUCCAACAGAUGCAGGACAAGAAGGAGUGGAAAGAAGAGAUAGAAGGAGCUCUGCAAUGGCUGGAAGAGGAAAAAAUGGACUGUUGAUGGCAGCAGGGAGAGACGAAGGGAUUUCUGUUUUCCUUGGUGCUCAGUCUCCAUAUGCCAGUCGCAGGCGCAAAGCUAUCAAGACCAUCAUCACCAUCACCCUGCUCUUUGCUCUAUGUUUUUUCCCCUUUCAUGUCACCAGAACCAUUGUUCUCCUGCUGAAAGUGUCCAGGGGAGUCCCCUGCCACACCAUGAACACAGUCUCCAUAUGCUACAAGAUCACGAGGCCUUUAGCGUCCUUCAACGCGUGGCUCAACGCGCUGCUCUACUUCCUGACCAAGGACAAGGCGGGAUCUCCCUGCUGCCAGGCAGGAAAAACCACAACCCAAGAGGGACUUCUGCUGCCCCUGAGAAUGAUGGGAAAAGCAGAGGGUGCAGGGGAGGCAGGGAUGGAGGAACGCAUUGACAAUAAGCAGAAUAAAGCAUUUUACAAUCCGUCAUACACGAAAAAAGCAAAAGUUAAGUAUAUAGUUGAAUGACACAUUCAUGAGGAAUUGAUUUUAGAUGAUUGAUAGAUAGAUAGAUAGA